AUGAGUGUCAAAUAUGUGUUGUCCACGCAACCGAGUGGCAGAACAAUGUCACUGGCCUCCAGUAUCAGAACCUACGGAAAGCCACUCUCAGCUACCCUACCAACCACCUCUUUCGAAGCACGGUCACCCUUCCAACUCAACGCUCCACUGUCCUUUGUGGAAUCGUCAAGAGACAUCAACGGGCCCACUGAUUCAACACCCGCACCGUCCCUUGUCAUGGCCGACGGAGAUCCAAAACUGCGUCUUCCUGCGGAGGAUGCAGAGCCGGCGCUCACGGGGUACUCCAGUGAUAGCAGUUCCUCAAGCUACGAGACAAUCAGCGCCGACGCGUACCCACCGCUCGCAGCCGGACCGGUCCAUACCACUCCAAGCACUCCACGAUCCCGAUUGAUUUCAGCAGACGAUUCUGGUAAUGCAAGGCCAAUAGAUUAUUGGGAGGAUGACUCUGGCGGUCGAGGACGCACCACAACACGUGCUUGGGAAGGUGGAGAAGACUUGGAGCCAUUCUGGACGUUUGAUUCAUUGCAAGGACUCAGCGCUCCUAUCUCACGCAUGCCCCUCAUAUACGAUCUCCUAACGCCUUCACAUUCCAGUCCGACGGCCAAAUACAUCCCCGGUAUUCCUCGACCCAUCGAAGUCACCGUCGGCGACUCCACAAGCAACGCCCACCGCGUCUUCUACAUCUCCGCAUCCCUGCUAGCCUCACACUCCGAGUUCUUCGCCUUCAUACCGGCAAAUGCAAACCCGACGUCUCACACUCGGGUCCACCUGCCUGAGCUGUCCCCCGUCCAUUUCGCAAACUUCGUCUCCUACAUCCAUUCCAACGUCUACUCCGUCCGCGCUCCGGAUGCCGAUCCCAUCAUCUACAAUACCGCGGCCUGGAUCCUGGGCGAUCAGUUGCGCGCAGACAAGUAUAGGGACUCUGCCAUGCGGGCGUUGCACUGCAUCUUCGAACGAACUGUCAAGAUGCAGUGGUCUACCGAGCACGACCCACAAACACAGAACGGCACCGUAGAGCUUAUCACCCCAACUCACAUCGACUAUCUCUGCAACGCAACCAUGACAGACUGUCCUCUCCGCACGCUUUUCUUCGACGCGCUAGCUGCAUGCUGGCCCCAUCAGCGCAUCCGGAGCAUCCUUGCAGUCAGAAUGUCCUAUGGACCCGACAAGGAAUGGUUUGAGCUGUACCGCAAGUUUCCGGAAUGCCGAAGUGCCAUAAUGAGUACAUUCGAGGUGAGGGAUCCAGGCCGGAGGAUGAUAUUGAAGGAGCCGGUGGUGUAUCUGGAUCCUACUGGGAAGACGUGGCCUCCGCAUUUGGUAGAGCACGCUCGGCAGGUCGAACGGAAGAGGCCUGGAUCGGAUGCGCGUAAGAGGCGGGAGUUGCUCAAAAAGAUAAUGCGCGGGGAGAACGGCCCGGAUAGGAUGUGGGAGGAUAAGCCUUGGAAGGGGCUGGAGAAGCAGACGGAUGAACAGAUGAGGGAGCCGGAACCGGAGCCUAUGGCAACUGAACCUGUCAACGACACUCCGCAGUUCUCAAGUAACGGCAAGGAUGUAUGCGAUAACCCCAUGGAAAUUGACACACAGAGUGAUGGCUGGACAAAGGCAGAGACCGAGGAGACAGGUCAGGACCUUCCCGAUCGACCCAAGAAGAAGAGGGCAAAGUUCCUGCCUCGUUCUUUUACCUCUUCCAAGCUGAGGCAAUACUCCUUUACAACCAACGAUCAAGAUGAUGGAGACGUUGCGGAUGAUGAGUGGGAGUAA